AUGCAACCACUUGAGGAAAUCGAGAAACGUCUGGACAUCACCUUCCCUUCUACGGCUCGGUUGAUUCGGAUUUUCAGUCGAGACAAGAACGGCAUUGACCUAUGGCAACACUUUUUCUCUUGGUGUCCACUGGGCGCACUGAUUGUGAUUGAUGAGUGCCAGGAUAUCUUUUCCAAGAACAUCGGCUUUCGUAUGGAAAAGGUGUCCGGUCGCCCUCUUUCGGAUUUUCUGCCGAACCUGCCCAAAGACUAUGAAGCGUUCUUUCACUCUCGAUACUUGCCCGUUGAUAUGAGUCAACUCGAUGCAUCGGAAGUGGACGACCGAGGGCAAGCAGAAUACGACGCACAAGGCCGGAUUAUCUAUCCGUUUUCGUUCAAUGAGGGAUUCAUGCGUCACCGGAAAUACAACUGGGAUAUUGAGCUGCUAUCGCCUGAUUGGGGUCAGAUUGAUACGGCAAUUCGCGCCUGUGCUGAACAAUGCUUUUUCCACAAAGGUAAUGACGGCAUGUUCUGGGCGCGUCGUAAGCCGUACAUAUACAAACACCCUAAAAAUACGGCAACGCCUGUUAUCCCAAAAGGAAAAGAUCCAAACGUUCUGAGCGUAAAAAUACCGCUUGAGGCGUUCUUGCUUUACAAGUCCACGGCGACAGGUACAGCGAAACAAUCCGGUGCGGUGAAUGUGUUGUAUAAGAACCCGAAGUUCUUAGCGACGUUUGUUAUUGGUAUAGGGUGCAUGGGGUAUUUUGUUUAUGGUUUAUCCGGUCUGGUUUUUGGUGCUUCUGAGAAGGAUGCGCAAUCGUCCUCGUCGGUCAAUGAGUCUCAAGUUUCUGACUCGUCCACUGGGGUGGCUAAAGGCGGCGCUCAAAGUGGUGGCAAUGUAUCUAAUGGUGGGAAUAGCGGUGCGUCUAACGCUCGUGCCGGUGAUUCAAUUUCUCUUGCAUCAAACAGGCUUGAACUGAUGCGCAAAAUGCUUGGAUUGUAUGAGAUUCAGAACCUCUAUUACACUGGCCAUGUGACGCAACGUAGCGGUAAAGAAUUUCGAUUUAUGGUGACGUUGGAGGCCAACACGCCCGAAGGAACGUACAGGUUUGAUGAUGCGUUUCUAAGGGCAAACAAUAUCAGCUAUGUCCACUUCGAUGAUUGCUUGUUGCAGCUGACUAAGGAGGCCGUCCAGUUGAAUGUCUUUUGCAAACCUAAAGAGAAAGACAUACCACAAAACACCACCGAACAAGCAGACAUCAAACUCGGGUCUGUUUUCUAA